AUGGCUUCAAAACCGGACUCAGCUACCGAUGACUGGGUCGGUGAUCUUUCUGCAAAAUUCGAGCGCUUGAUGGUCCAGAAGAGACAGAAACCAUCCCGGCAAGGUGAUAGAUUUCAUAAUAUUCCUGACGCUGGUGUCCAAAGCAAGUCAAGCUUGCCCAAGGAUUCGACGACAAACCAGAGCAUGGCCAUGCUCCACGGCGUACCGCCCGAACCGCCGCUCCGCCCCAAAAACUCUAGGUUUAGAGACUUUCUUUUCACACUGUGUAACGUUCCGAUGAAAUGGGAGGACAACGAGCUACUGGACCUUGCACUCAAGGAGAUUGACCUAAAAUCGAUAUACAGCGACGCCGAGGAAGAGAAUGAACACUUCGUCUCUCGGGCGCGAAGCCAGGGUGUCGGCACCAAGCCCGAAUGGGGCUAUCAGGACUGCGUGAUCCGAGCACUUUCAAGAUAUUUCAGCAGGUCAUUCUUCACCAGGGUGACCAGCCCGCCAUGUGAGGCUUGCGCAUCCAAGCUUCCCACAUUGCCUCGUGGCAACACGCAGCCGAACGACAAGGAAAGGGCUGGAAAUGCACAUGCAGUGGAGCUCUAUCAGUGCGCCGAGAAACGCUGCCAGUCUUACACACGGUUCCCACGCUACUGGGACGUCGGGACCCUCUUAAGGACUCGUCGGGGCCGCGAGGGCGAGGGCGCCAAUUGCUUCGGGAUGAUUUGUCGGGCGCUUGGCUCCCGCGUCCGAUGGGUUUCGAACGCGGAGGACAAUAUCUGGACAGAGGUGUAUAGCGACCAUCAGCAGCGUUGGGUACAUGUGGAUCCCUGCGCGGCUGCGUGGGACAACCCACUCCUGUACACCGAGACCAUGGGCCAGAGACUGUCGUACUGCGUUGCCUUUUCCUCAGAUGGGGCCACGGACGUUACUCGGCGGUACGUCCGAGCCCCCGGGCACGCCUUGGCCAGGACACAGUGCUCUGAAGCAGAGCUACUGCUUAUCACCCAGGAUAUCAAGAGUAUGAGACGCAUAGAUAUGUCCAAAGAACAGCGCCUCCGACUAGAUAGGGAGGACACAGCAGAAGCGCAGGAGUUGGAAUCUUACACCAUCCCGACGGAGACGCUGAGGCCGGCUAAAAGCUGGGAUAAGGCGGAGGUCAAGCCUACAAAGAGGAAAUCAGGGAUAAUAACGCCGAGGAAAGACUCACGAGAAAGCCUGCCCGGCGAGCAGCCCGAGGUGAGGAGGGUAGGCAACUGGGACCUAGCUGCAGCAGCAAACAAGGGCGGGUAG